CCGGAUGUGACAAUAACACGCUGUUAGCACACGGUAGCACGCUACCGCGUGUGUGGGACAACCAUUAUGGCGGACAAAUCCAGUUCUUCUUCUACUGAAUCUAGUUCACGACCAGGACUAAUUAAUCACUUGAUGUCAGACAAAAAGUCCACCAUACUUUGUGUUUUGAGAGUAUUAACAUUAUUCUACUCUGCACUUUACAGCUUACCAUUCAUAGGAUCACCAGCAGCGUUUUAUCGAUGUCUAGUGGUAUAUGUUGGUGUGUCGUAUCUACGAGCGACUCAAAGGCUUCCUAGACUUCAGUUUUCUCGCGUAUAUUUGCAGCAGGUGCUGUUGGAAGACAGCAUUCACUACCUACUCUACAGCUUUACAUUUCUCAACAGCUUUCCAUUGUCAUGUAAGAGUAACUAUUGAUUAGAGGAAUAUGGAUGUUUGCACUUCAACUCAAGCUCCUGUUGUGUGUGUGUG